AUGGGGUCAGACGUUUACAAAUUAGACAAACUGGCUGAUUAUUUAAUUCCAGAUACGUCAAUAAUUGCCAUUAAUUCACAUCUAAUCAAACCUAUAUAUAAGAAAGAAAUCAAAAAUCUAAAACAGUUAAAACUAAUAACUUAUACAUUGCCUGUGUUGUCACGUUACAAACAAACAGCCUUUAAUAAUCAAAGUUUGUUUAGUGAUGAGAUGAAAAGUUGUUAUGAAAUCAUGGAGCUUUGUGCGGUACAAAUAGUCACCCAAAUAGGUGCAAUUAUCAAUCAUACUUGGAAAUACGGAGAGAAUGCAUCUCAUGUUGCUGAACAAUUUGUGUUUUUGUUUGAUUCAAUAUUUCGUGGUGAUUUGCCUUUAGUUUCAAAAUUGACAAAUCAACAAAUUCGAUAUUUUUUACUUGAAAGCUUUAAUGAUUUAUAUUUACAUCAACAAAUCCAACUAAUUGUUUAUAGUAUAUUUCUUGGCCUAGAUAAAAUUGAAUUAAGAAAUAGCAUUAUUGAAAUGCUUGAACUUAAAUAUGGAUAUGAGAUUCCUGGGCAUUUGUUUGUUGUUGCAGUUUCCAGUCUAGGAUUACAACUUUAUCGAAAUGAAUUAGAAAGAAAUCAUGAACAUAAGAUACAAAAGUUGAAUAAAGUUUUCCGAUGGAAAAAAAUAGCUAAGGCACAAAGCAAGGAGACCCGAAGGUAG